AGUUAUAAAUCGGCUGUUAAUUAACUGUUAUUUUCAGUGUGUCUGAGAGCACCAUCGUCCCAACCGCCGGAAGUCUGCAUGAAGCUGCGUCUCCUACAGAAGCAACGGCGUCGACGUUUUUUUUUCUGUCUUGGGUUUUUUUUUUUUUUUUUUUUUUUUAUUCUAGACUUUUUUUUCUCUUUUUUUAUUUUCUCUCAGCGAGAUGAGCAGGGAGUGAGGAAUGGAGGCGUAGGGAGCGAGGAUGUUUGUGUUUACCAAGCGGCAGGCUAGUUAAGCAUAUGAAUAUACAGACAGGCCUCCUUGUAGCUAAAGCAAGCCAGCGAACAAAAGGAGAGAAUUAAUGGAGAAAUAAUGGACGAUUCCCAUUUCAACUCAUCAUACUUUUGGUCUCCCGUCCCCACUGUACAAGGACAGAUCGAGAACGCCAUGUUCCUGAACAAGGCAAAGGAGCAGCUAGGUCCGGACAAGGGCAACGCCUCCUCCUUCCCUCACUCCUCGUCGUCUUCCACCUCCUCCCCCCACUACCCCACGGCUGUGCUCGCCAUCCCCGGCUCGGUGGACACGGGGGCAGGGUUGCGGCUGGUCCCCAAACAGGAAGGAGGUGGGGGUAACGCGGGAGGAGGCGGCGGCGGCAGCGCACCCAUGAGUGCAAUCGGGGGACACCUACACCAGUCGCACACCACCCAGAACGUGACUGUUGUGCCCGUUCCCUCCACGGGUAUCAUGACGGCAGGUGAGUGGGCGGGGUUAGUCAUCACAACCCCUCAAGGCUCACUGGUCCCCACUGCCUCCACGCAGUCAUUUGUAGCUGGACACCCCACUGCCACCACCAUGAUAGUGUCUACAGUGCACCACUCAAAUACAGACAAGAAGGGUGACAUUGCUGUCCCCCCUGCAGUUGUCAUGCCGACGCCAGGGAAGCGAGGCAGGAAGAGCAAACAGGUGAUGGGCAGAGUGGCCGGGGUGGGUGGAGUCCUCCCUCCAGGAAGUGAUGCAUUAAUAUUGGCACACCUCGCUGCUGGUGGACAGCACCAUACCGCUGACCCCUAUGACCUAUCGAAUGAUGAAGAUGAUCAUACCAACAAAGACGGCCCCAAAUCCUACAGGUGUCGGAUGUGCGCAGUGACGUUCUUCAGCAAGUCAGACAUGCAGAUCCACGCCAAGUCCCACACUGAGGCCAAGCCCCACAAGUGCCCCCACUGUUCCAAGUCGUUUGCCAACUCCAGCUACCUGUCCCAGCACAUCCGCAUCCACAGCGGGGCCAAGCCCUACACCUGCACCUACUGCCAGAAAACAUUCAGGCAGCUCAGCCACCUACAGCAGCACACACGAAACCACACUGAGGCCAAGCCCCACAAGUGUCCCCACUGCUCCAAGUCGUUUGCCAACUCCAGCUACCUGUCCCAGCACAUCCGCAUCCACACCGGGGCCAAGCCCUACACCUGCUCCUACUGCCAGAAAGCAUUCAGGCAGCUCAGCCACCUACAGCAGCACACACGGAUUCACACUGGUGACCGGCCGUACAAGUGUAACCAUCCUGGCUGUGAGAAAGCUUUCACUCAGUUGUCCAACUUACAGUCUCACCGUCGGCAGCACAACAAAGACAAGCCGUUCAAGUGCCACAACUGUAACCGUGGUUACACGGAUGCCGCCAGCCUGGAGGUGCACCUGUCCACACACACCGUCAAACAUGCCAAGCUGUUCUCCUGUGGCCUCUGUAACAGAUCCUAUACCUCGGAGACUUAUCUAAUGAAACACAUGAGGAAGCACAACCCCGACCCGCUAACAGUGGCGGCAACAGUCGCCGCUCAGCAAGCCCAGGGCCUCACGCCGGGCGGAGGAGGCGGCAGGGGCCGAGGCCGCGGCCGAGGGAGAGGAGGCGGCGCUGCUGGAGGAAGAGCGGGCCAGCUCCAGAGCCAGGCUAACCCUAACAACCCCAACCAGAACCCGAACCCCGGACCCCCCGGCAGCUACCAACAACCCCAGCAACCCACAGAAGCUGUAGUUCAAUGCCCAUUUGACCUGCAUCAGUACAAGACUGUAGCAGCCAGUGAAAUCCAGUACAAACCAGUCACUGUGGCUGACCUGCCAGUGGCACACAAAGACCUCUGCCUCACCGUCUCCACAUCAGCCAUACAGGUGGAGCACAUGAACUCAUAGGCUGCGUCUUCCCAACCUUUUUUUUUUUUUUUUUUUUUUGAGGAAUUACUAAUGGUGUCUGCAAUGUAAAAAAGGUCCAUAUGAACAAGUAAUUUAAAUGUAUUCCAUAAUAUAUUCCUCUCAAAACAAGUAAACAUUGGCUAGAAGGGUGGAAGACUUUUCUACCCUACGAUGCAGACGAUGCAAAUCAUCUGGUUUUUAAACUUCUGCAGUCUUUAUCGAAUUUGAUCACGUAACAAGACACUCAAGGGGACUCGAUUCAGAUUCACUUUCGUGCGGCUCUUAGUGAGGGGUUUUUUUCUGAAAGGGGUUUAUCAGGUUUAAAGAUACAAGUCCAAUUUUUAUCCACCAAGUGGCAGUUUUUUGUUUUUUUUCCUUCGUUUUAAGAAGCUUUAAUGCUGAGUACAACAUUAAAUUACUUUUUAGAACACAGAUAUUUUACAAUGUGCUCCUUGAUUCCUGAGCCCAUGUUGUGCCAAGGAUCUCUUAAGUAGAAAUGCUGGUCUGGGAAAUCUAUAUAAGUAUUUUAUUUCUUAGCCUGAAGCCAUAUUCCCAUAGUAAAGACUUUCAGAAACAGGAAAUGGGUUUUUUUUUCUCCUGAACACACUAAUCUGUAAAGGGUUUUGGCUUUUAGAUUGUGACGAGUGAGACGGUGAUUAAAUCCUGACCUGAGUUUCCCAAACUCAUCUUGAGUCUUAAGUUCACUUUAAUCCAUUAGAAGUGAAUGGACUCAUCAUUUUUACUAUAAUGUGAUACUUUGUGAAACAUACUUCAUGCACUGAUCCUAGACCAGCAGUCCCGCUCUGAGAAUCUUGAUCUCAGAGGCUCACCGAUGUCUCCUCUCAUUGCGUUCUUUGCAACCGACAUCAUCGGAGGAGGAAGGCCCGCGGAUGUUUUACAGUGCAAAAUAUCCGCGGGGGUGUAAAAUAUCUGUAAAAUACAAAACAAGACCACUCUGCAUGUCUGUGGUGCAGAGUAUUGUCUAAUUUUUUUAACAAUAUUCAGAUCACAUUAAUCUGAAAAUUCUCCAUUAUUAAGUUCAAGCCAAAACAAAGGGAGUGAGAAAGACCAGGUAUCAAAUGAUUUAAGACUGUAGAGGUUCACAAUAGCAACUGAGAUAUCACGGCAGAAAAAAAAGAGGAAGAUUUAAAUGAAUAAAAGUGUUUUGAAUGACACUGUCAAUGUGCCAUGGACAACAGAGGGUGGACCAGCCUGAGGAAAGAAGAGUUGCAGCAGGAGGAAACGGACGGCGGUGUAUUGCGGGAUAUGGUGAAAGCCUGGGUGUUCAGCUCCCGAAUCAUGCUGUCCUUUACACCCUCCUCCUCCUCCUCCUCCUCCUCUCAGAAAGCGAGGAAUUAAGGAACUCUUUCUUUUGUCGGAGCCCAAAGGAUUGAACAAAAGAGACAAGAGCGGUUCAAGAAUGCACUAAAUGUGAGGAAUCUGCUGCCGAGCGAGAUGGAAACACGACAGAGAGAGAGAGAGAAAAAGAAAAAAAAAGGGCUUGGUGGGGUGGGAGGGGUCAUAAAGAAAGCACUUGAUGAAGCUUGUACUUCACCGCCUAUGUUUGUCAUCGUUGUACUUUUUUUUAUAUAUCAUGUGUAUGUAUUUUUCUACCAACAGAGGAACGUGUGAACAAGAGAGAAAGCAAAGUGAGUGCAUGAAUGUGAAGGGAACAAAGAGAAAACUCCUAACAGCGUUUUUUUUUUUGUCCCCUUUUUUUUUUUUUUUUUUUUUGUUA